AUAUCCACUCCUUACCCUCUCUUUUAACAAACUGAAGAGAAGUAGCCAUGGUUUCUUCUGCUUCAUUUGGACCUACAUGCCACACUUGCCUCUCAACUUCACGGUCCACCGUCACCGCCGCCACCGUCACUGGCGGCCGCAGCGACAAAUACCCAUGUAAUAUUAAUUUACAUUCAUCACCACCAAAUUCAUUGAUGUACCAAAAAAGAAGCUGGUUUGAUAAGUCUCUUAUUCCUUUAGCUGCUUCAAUGACUCUUCUUCUCUCAUCAUACCCUGCCCACGCCGGAAUACUUUCGGGUUUCCCUGGAAUAGAAUCAGUCCCUGGUCCUGAACUACCAAAGAUUGAUUCCCUCACUCGCUUCAACGAAGAAAAUCAGAAAAGGUAUGCAGAAAAUGAUGCAAGAUUUAGAGAGUCUCCCUUGCUUAAGGAGUUGCUUGAAAGAUCCAAGUUGAACAAAGAAAAGAAUCGACAAGCGAUUCAAGACAAGUAUUGCAUAAGAGGAGCGGAAUGGGGAGUUGGCGAUUGCUCAGCCGAAGGGAUGACACAACAAGAACGAGAGGAGUUUAUCAUGGCGUUGAAAAAGAAGGCCGGGAUAGAAUGAAAUUCUUGUACAUUUUGUAGACUAGCUGUAUUUUCGUUAUCGAUUGAUGACAUGAACAAUGUUAAUGGAAACAUGGAAGUUUUACAUGUUAAGCAUGAUUUAUAACAAGGAUUAUGUCA